GUUCCGGGCGAAUGUCAGUUAGUUGGCGCAUGGUUUACGUAAAAGCCGCAUAAACUGCUUAAUUUUUUUUAAAGAAAAUAUAGAUUUCUAUAUAGAAAUUUAAAUAUAAACCAUGUCCUCCGGAUUGACUCGCUUGUGGGAGCGCCUGCCGCUCAAAAAUCAGGCAGCAAGAAGCAGUAUCCGCGUGUUUUCCAAUCAGGAGCAGCUGCAGCAGACAGAAGUUGAAGACGAAGAAGAAUUUAGAGUUCUAAAUCUGCGGGCGGUGAAGCAGCAGUUCCAAAAGCGGCAGCAGGCGCGCAGGGAUCCCAUCCCACCGCCGCGCACCACUCGCAUGGCGGUGGAUCAGGAUUGGACAGCCGUGUGGCCAGGACCAAGAUCUUUCCACCCGGCCAGUGUCCCCCUGCCCCUUCGCCAGGGUUUCACGGAACGUGGGGCAGCAGCCCCAUCGAAAUUUGCCAAUGCGGAGCUUAUGAAGAUACCUAACUUUCUGCAUUUAACACCGCCGGCCAUCCGACAGCAAUGCGAAGCCAUAAAGAAAUUCUGCACACCAUGGCCAAAAGGUCUGGAAACGGAAGCCAAGUGGCAGCGUCACUUUCCCCUCGAGAUCACCACCACGGACUACUGCCACAGUCUGCCUACGAUCAGAAAUCCGGAGGCCAGAAGGGUCACCAUUUCUCUAAAGCUUUCUGAUCUGAAGUUCGAUGCCCAUGCCAGGGAUAAGUUUUUGCGCUUGAUAGGCGAUCGUUACAACAAGGAAACGGACGUCGUCAAAUUUGUCACGGAUCGGUGUCCGCAAAAGAAGCAGAACUACGAUUACGCUUUGUAUUUACUCACCGCUUGCUACCACGAGUCCUUUGUCACUGAGCCCUGGGAGGCCACCAAAUCGGAGGCCGAUAUGGAGGUAUAUCUGUUCGACAGGAACCAGUCAAAGGUCUCCGCCGAGGGAAUCCUUAACUGGAACGCCAAGGAGGGUGCUCAGAAGGUGGCUCCCAGUAAAUCCUAUGCUAAUUGUGUAGAGCAACUUAUUAACGAGGGGGAAAACGAGUACAACUUGGGCAAGUACAAGGAGGAGGUCAAGAAAAUGUUAAACAUUGCCUAGGGAAAUGGAAAUUAAACUAAUAAAGAGAGAAGCUGUUGUUAAAAUUAUAAAA